AUGUCGGAACCCAUAGCUGUUGGCCUGCGCGAUGACAAUCAAGGACCCCGGAUUUUGAUCGCGACGGCGAUCACAACGGCGGCCGCGCUGAUCGUCGUUUGUGCCAGAUUCUACGUUCGCAUCUUCCUCAUCCGAAAUGUCGGCUGGGAUGACUAUGUCAUGGGAUUGACCAUGCUCUUGUCGGCCGCUGGAUUUGCCAUUACAGUCCCGGAAGUGAAAUACGGCGCUGGCAGACAUGUAGUCUUUGUCGGCGAAACAGCAUCGACGGCGAUGCAUCUGAACUUUGCAACCCAGGCAAUCUAUCUCUGGGCCAUUGGCACUGUGAAGAUAUCGAUUGGCCUGUUCUUGCUUCGUUUUGCAGGAAGGAAGGGCUACAAGUGGUUUAUCUGGAUUGUCAUGGUAGCGAUGAUGCUGUAUACCGCGAUCUGCUUCUUGACGCUAGUCUUUCAGUGUAAAGACAUUCGAACCAAUUGGGACCCAACGGUGAAAUCUGAGUGUUUCUCGCCGAAGCAGCUUUUGAUCCUCAGCUAUACAAACACCGCACUGAACAUCCUCACCGAUCUAAUCUUCUCCAUUUUACCCAUUUUCAUGCUUCGUCAUCUUCAAGUGAAUCGCCGAGUGAAAGCGUCCUUGAUCUGUAUUUUGGGUCUAGGAGUCUUUGCAUGUGCCGCCGCCUUCGUCAAAUUAUCGAUUCUUCCCAGCUAUGGUCGCACCAGCGACUUCCUCUGGGACUAUUCAAACCUCACAAUCUGGGUGGUCACGGAAUGCAAUACGGGUAUAGUGGCAGGCAGCCUCCCAACGCUGAAACCCCUAUUCAAGAAGGUCCUCGGCUCAUACGCCUCCCAAUCUAAAACGGCUCGGGAUUAUUUCAACUCUAAGCGAAGCAAGCUGCGCUCGGGCUCACGAUCGGACGGCACACCACUGCAAUCUCUGGGGCAUAAGACAAAUCGGAGUGUCAUUACACACCAUACUCCUACAAAGAAUCUAUACCCCAACCUCGACUCGCCGCCAAGCACGCCUAGCGAGGGUGGAACCCGCACGAGUAAUUCCAGCGAGGAACGCAUUCUACCCAUUCAGGGGGAGAUCCUCUGCACAACCGAGGUGAUGGUCUCUCAUGCGCAGGACCAACCCUUCCCGGGCCCGCCGGCACCUACGCUGGGGAGAAUGAGGUCGUUCAGAGGGAUGGGGCCGUGUGCCGAUGAUCGCGUAUAA